GUUAAUAACAAAAACUGACGGGUUCUUCUGUCGCUUCCUCCUGUUAAGCAUCCGUUUCAGUCCGCAUGUUGGUGCAGACCACAAGGAGAGAAGCUGUCCAUACGUGAUGAAACACUUGUAAAAUAUGAGGAGAGAGAUUGCAGCUGUGGUGUUCUUUCUGAAGAGGCUUGUGAAAAAGGGGGAGAAGCUGGAAGCGGAGAAGGUCGAGCUGUUUGUUGAGAGGCUGGCUGUGGCACUGCAGGAGAAGUUUAAGGGCCACUGGUAUCCUGAAAACCCCAGCAAGGGACAAGCAUACAGGUGCAUCCGAGUGAACAGGUUUCACAAGCAGGAUCCGGAGCUCCUUCGGGCCUGUCGUGAGAGUGGUAUCCAGUACAGUGACCUGGGACUGCCUCGUGAACUCACAUUGUGGGUGGACCCUGGGGAGGUUUGUUGCAGGUGAGAUUAAGAGUUUGUAAACGUUUGUAAAUCUUGUACACUUAAAUGUGCUUCAGUUGAUUGCUUUCUCAUUAAUCUAAACACGGUAUCAAUAAUUAAGGCAAACUGGUUUUUAACGUGAGAUAACCCAUUCAUGUUAAUAUUCCUCACAUGCUUCAUGCGCAGUGGUGAAAGAGGCUGUAAAUACAGUUUCAUUAACCCCAAGGCUUUCCUGUAAUUUCAAAUGAGACUACUGGCAACAAGAAAACACUAUCUUUAUGAAACAGCAGUUAAACAUUUUGUUGAAACUUGGAUAUAAACUGGUGGCUUUGUUUAAUU